GCAUUCCUGUGUGAAGAGAGCCAGCGUGAAGACAUAUUGGUACGAACCUCAAGUGCCCAGGCCGGGAUACAGCGAACAGAAACUCCAGCAGAUUAACUGACCUCAUGCCAUUUUGUGAUGUUUGUCCGUGACACUGAGAGAGGAGCUCAUGUCCCCUCCUUACGUGGAUUUAUCUUUUAAGAAAAGUUUUCUUUGGUCCGGGACAGUUUGUUGUCGUGAGACACAUCAGACAAUAUAAUCAUGGGACAAGCUGACAUCUCAAGACCGGUAAAUCCAGAUGCAAAUGAAGGAGCUGGCCAGGCCACUGCAGACCCAGUCAUGGUCAUGGAUGGUGUGGAAGCUGGAGACGUGACACCUCCGACCAAAAGGAAGAGCAAGUUCUCAGGCUUUGGCAAGAUCUUUAAGCCCUGGAAAUGGCGGAAAAAAAAAAGUAGUGAUAAAUUCAAAGAGACAUCAGAAGUUUUAGAGCGAAAAAUAUCUAUGCGGAAACCACGAGAAGAGCUCGUUAAAAGAGGGGUUCUGUUGGAAGACUCUGAGCCAGGUGGUGAGGAUCCAGGGAAGUUGAGCCAUGCCGUGCUGAAGAAUGGCCAUACCACCCCCAUAGGCAUUACCAGAGCUCCCAGUCCAGUCCAAGUUGAGGAAGAGCCAGGAAGAAGAGCAAGUGUUAGGAAACCUCUUCCGGAAGAGGACCCAAAGAAACAACUAGGCUCAACUGAAAGCCAGCCUAAUUCUGCAGCAGACUCCGUUCCUGAGAACACACCCAAACAGCCUUUACUUCCCCCUAAAAGACUUUCAUCCUCUUCUCAUGAAGCAAACGAAGGGCAAGCAAGGGAUGCCACCUCCUCUGCCAGCACUGCAAGGUCCAUCUCCUCCACCACGACCGCUGCCACGAGCCCAGCAAGAACUCUUCAUUCCUCUGUCCCCCCGUCCCCAGCACCCAGGACUCUGCCCGCCACUCCUGCCAGCACUAACAAUACUGCUGUCCCGAGCCCCACUCACGCCGGCCCUGCCAAGCAGCCCCCUAUCCCUCCCCCUAAGCCAGCCCACAGAAAUAGCAACCCAAUCAUUGCUGAACUGUCCCAAGCAAUAAACAGUGGUACAUUGUUAUCAAAACCAUCCCCACCCUUACCACCGAAGAGGGGCAUUCCAUCAACCGUGGUGUCCUCCUCGGAGCCUGCAGCUACCACCACCACCAAAGCGCCAAGUGAUCAGAGAGAGAAGAGCAUGUGCUCUGUGGCCUCCGAACCACUGCCGAUGAUCCCACCUCCCUCUCCAUCUCCCCCAUUACCUACUCAUAUACCUCCGGAACCCCGACGGUCCCCUCCUUUCCCUGCUAAGACUUUUCAAGUUGUGCCAGAAAUUGAAUUUCCACCUUCCUUAGACCUUCCCCAAGAGGUUUUCCAGAAGGAAGAACAGAAAAAGGAAGUACCCAAGAGGAUGCUGGACCACAGCUCUGGGGAGCCCCGUGUACCCUCCAGGCUGCCCCCACUCCCACUGCAUAUCCGAAUCCAGCAGGCCCUGACCAGCCCGCUUCCCAUGACUCCUCCCUUGGAGGGCUCUCAGAGAGCUCAUUCAUUGCUCUUUGAGAACAGUGACAGCUUUUCUGAGGACAGCAGUACCCUGGGUCGGACCAGGUCACUUCCCAUCACUAUUGAAAUGCUCAAAGUUCCAGACGAUGAAGAAGAGGAGCAACAGACCUGCCCGUCUGCGUCUGGUGAUGUGGCAUCUACCUCAAUCAUUCCUAAACUACCACAGUGUCUGCAGGAGGAAGAGGAAGAAAAGGAGAGUGACUCUGAUUCAGAAGGUCCCAUUCAAUACCGAGAUGAAGAGGAUGAGGAUGAAAGCCAUCAUAGUGCUCUGGCCAACAAAGUGAAGAGAAAAGACACACUGGCAAUGAAAUUGAACCACAGACCCAGUGAGCCUGAGAUGAACAUGAAUUCUUGGCCUCGAAAAAGCAAAGAAGAGUGGAAUGAAAUAAGGCACCAGAUUGGGAACACACUGAUCCGACGACUGAGUCAAAGACCAACACCAGAAGAAUUAGAACAACGAAAUAUACUACAACCUAAAAAUGAAGCUGAUCGUCAGGCAGAAAAAAGAGAGAUUAAACGUCGGCUCACUAGAAAGCUCAGUCAAAGGCCAACUGUGGCUGAACUACUUGCCAGGAAGAUUCUGAGGUUUAAUGAGUAUGUGGAAGUAACUGAUGCUCAUGAUUAUGACCGGCGAGCUGACAAACCUUGGACCAAACUGACCCCUGCAGACAAGGCUGCCAUCAGAAAAGAAUUAAAUGAAUUUAAAAGCUCAGAGAUGGAGGUUCAUGAAGAGAGCAAACGUUUUACACGCUAUCAUCGUCCAUGAUGCUGAAGUUUAAGAGAGGAACUAAAUAAUCCCCAAAAUAAGGCUGCUUUGUUGCUUCAGUCUCCAGAGCGUCAUGGAGGGAACUUCAGCACUUCCAAUCAAGUCCUGGGGGACAUAGUUCUGGGACAAACAGCACUUCUAUGAAUGUAGCAUUUCACUGGAAUGGAUUCUCAUGUGCUCCUUUGGGCAAAACUGAACACUUUGUCGGUGCGUUUGAACCUUUUUAUAUUGCAGCAUACUUGAGGGGUGUUCCGUCCCCAGCCACCAAUGUUCUGGGCUACUUGCAGGUUUGAGUUUUAUUGGCUGCUCUUCACCCUCUCCCCAAGGUGACUGCCUGUGCUGAGGCACAGUUUAUACCAUUAGCCUUACCUGCUCUGGCCUGGUUGUGAGACCCACUUGUGUAGGUGCUAAAUUCCAACCAUCAAAGCAGAUUGGUCGUGGGGAAAGUCGUCUGGAGGCCCCCAACUUUCUGGCAAAGGGGCCCCACCUCCAGGGAAAGCCUUCAUGCCAGUUGAAGGCAUGUCAGUUGAAAGCAUUGCACUAUACCUCUUGUAACACAGCAAUAUUCUUCAGGCUGUCCAGCCUGAGAGAGGCUCAGGAUCUGACGUGUUCUUCCCUUUGCGCAUAUGUCAUCCUGAUUUUUAUUAAAAGAACAAAACAAAUCUUGAAGUAGUGAUGGGAACUUACGUUUUUCUGUCUAUUAAACAAUCUGAGCUAUCACCAGAUUCCAAGUUGGAGAAAAUGAAAAAAGCAUGUAUGUUCUAAUACAAAAUCAAAACCAAAAAAGGCCUUUAUAUUAAUGCCAACUUGGCAGAAAACUAACUCAUGGCUUAAAGUUUAUGAGCUGUUGUACUUUUUUGUACCAAAUGAUAAUCUAAAUCAUUCUGACCAGUAGGGAAAUCCUCCUCUGUAAAGCGGAGUUGUAGCAACUCUGUGGGAGCACUUGUAUGCAGUUGACUCCCACAUUCACAGCCAGAAUCACAGCAAGGUCCUAGGCUUGUGGGGUGCUAGAAAGGAAAAUGUCUUUGGGGAAGCAGUUUGGAGGAGCACGGCUAUGGCCCCUCUCCUCUCUUCUCAGUGCUGUGUGCCCUGUCCUGCGCUCUCUCCCCCUCUGAACUCCACACUGACCCUCCUGCUGACCCUCUCUCGCAGCUUCCCCCCGCUCCUCCUCUCCUCCUCCAAGCUGUAACCAGUGCAGUCGGUACCUGGACAUUGGAUCAGCCCCCACUCCUUUUUGUAUUUGAAAUAUAUUUAAUAGGAUUUUCUAAAAAUUCAGUUGCUUUCUUUGAAUGUUUAUUGAAAACCACACAGCCUCACUAUUUCCCUCUAAUUCCUGGCCACACUAAGUGGGAGGAAAAAAAUAGUUUCUAUUUGACAAAUGAAUGUGGCUUUUCCUUUUAAUGUUUAGGAAAUUGUGGCUAUUUCAUAAGAUUUCUUCUGCAUUCCCUGUUCUGUAUAUAAUCAUUCAGUAGAUUUUUCUUUCUCCUUUCAUGUCUGUGUAAGAUUUGCUGAAAGAAUCAAGAGUAUCAGGCCAAGACAAAAAGCUGAAGUGACCUUAAAAGGUAGUGUCUCGCCUCUGUAUGGGGAAUAGGGAGGUCUUUGGAUUUCUCAGUUGCCAUCAAAUGCCUUAUGGCUAUGAAAAUUUAAUGGGUCCACAUCUCCUCGAAGCUCCUGAUCAUUUGGUAUGACUGAGGGAAGAUAAGGCCCAAUACUACAUAGGGGUUAGAGGUCUGUGUAUAAGGUGGCCGCACAUUAAGUGCUAACUCGACUUCCUCUAACCUUUCUAUAUUAUUGGUUCGGAGACUCUGGCUUACGCCAGCACUCUCUGCCUUGUGAUGACAUUUUAGAACUCUUCUUUCACUGCCUUUAUUUCCCUUGAUGUGCCAGCCGGAAACAGGAUUUGAUUUCCUGAGCUACUGGUCUGCUUUCUAUGUGCCACCAAGGAAUCUAGUUCAUCUCUCAUCUCCUGUUCUUUUGAAACAAGAUACUUUGGGAGUCAAGUCUUUUCAGGUGUUUAUAUAUAUAUAUAUAAUUAAUUUGUAUUCCUUUUUCAUGUAAGUAACAAUUCACGAUCACAAUGUAAAGAAAAAAUAAAAGCUUAAUGUAAAGAAUUGUACUUCAAGAUGUUUCCCUGAUGUACAGACUCUCCUUGUAAAAUAAGUAAUUGCUUUGUAUAUCAGUCUUCCUAUCAAUAUUAAUUAUUAAAGUAUUUUAGAAUUUAAAAAACAAA